AUGGCGGGGAUUCCGAUUACGGCUGGUGGCUCGGGGACGCACUACGAGCGCACGUUCAAGAAGCACUUUGGAGAUCGACCUACGGCGUUUGCACUAUCGGAUCACCCGCGAGCCUCGACUUCGGCACAACCGCUUCAAGGCGACACACUUGCUGCAUCUACGAGUACGAGCGGGGCAAAGGCACGAGUGGAUGACGAGACGCAUAGCAAGUUGCAGAAUCUGGGCUACCGUAUUCGGGCGCGGGUGAAUCAGGGCUACAAUCGCACCACCACCUCGCUCGAUCCGUUUGGCUCGUCCGAACGACAGAUCCUGUCGAAUGUAACCAAUACAAGACGCGCAUGGAGCAGGGUUCAAAGCGCUCCUGCCUCGAAAGACUUUGACACGCUCAGACUCCACUCGGAUACGGACACACUUAGUGUCACACAAGGAGCUAAACGAAGUCGAGACGAUUCAGACGAGGAACCAGAACAUACCGAAGGCAGUUUGGAUCGUAGGAUUGCUGGCAUGCCAGCUCUGUCUUUCGCUUCAACCGCCUCCAGUUCGUCCCUCGCAGAUCCACCACAAACAUCAUGGACUAGAUCGCACAGCUCAACACAGCCGUUUGCGAUCCAGGACACAGACAUGCCCGACUCCAAACUCGAAUACGACUUCUCGACCCACUUCAACAGCACCGACUUUUAA